AUGUGGGAGAAAACUAAGGCUAUGCGGGGCACCCUCGGUGACUCCCUUCGGGGACCAAAGUUGCCGAGCGGUGAGUGGAUAUAUGGCACGAUUUCUAACGAUCUGCUGCACACAAUUCUUAAACCAAAUUCCACUGCUUAUGAAGCUUGGACAACCCUUGAAAGUAUCUUCCAUGACAACAAAAGUUCCCGUGCCAUUCAGCUCCGUCAUAGUUUUUCCAACACACGCCUUGAUGACUAUCCUAACAUCUCGGCUUAUUGUCAGGCUCUUAAGGUUCUCGCAGAUCAGCUCUCCAACGUAGGCGCUCCGGUUGAUGAUGUCAGCUUGGUUCUUCAACUGAUUUCAGGUCUCAAUGAGCAAUACGAGGGUAUCGCCACCAUACUUCAGCACCAAGACCCGCUUCCCUCCUUCUACACUGCUCGAUCUCAGCUUGUUCUAGUUGAAAGCCGCAAGAAAGAACAAGCCCUCCAUGCCGCUAAAACAGCCGGAACGACGCUCAACAUCACCACCACUAAAGCUGCCGGCGGCGACUACCGUCAAGAUUCUUCCAGUGACCGACACCGUGGUCGCGGCCGCUCGCGCGGAAGAGGCAGGGGGCACAAAUCAUGGGGAAGGGGUAGAUCUUCUUCUCAAAAUUUCUAUCAGAAUGUUCCAUCUCAAGGAACUUGGUCUCAAAGCUCAACUUUUGCCUACUGGCCUCCUAAUGCCACUUCACCUCAAGGAACUUUGUCUCAAAGCCCAGCUUUCAGAUAUGAGUCUUUAAUCAGUAUUUAAGUUCCAACCUUAAUCUAGAUAUAAAUGUUGUUAUUGACUUUCUUCUAUCAUCAUCUUCAUAAGUUCAUAAUCAUUAUUAUUAAUCUUGCUUUAAGCUAGGACUUUGACCAACUAUUCUGUAGCACUCAGCUUCUUCUGAUUUCAAUAUUAUGUGGUGCUUUCUAUUUUCAUUUUUAUCUAAGUUGUCAGUGAUAAUGACUAUAUAUAA